GGCUCGUUGGACGUGAAUCCAACCCGCAGUCUCACUGAACCAGAGAGGAGCAUCUGCAUGAACAAUGAACCGGUGAACACCUCACACCGGCUGACUGAGGGACAGGAUCUGGUGAAUCGGAGAUGAAGGGGACGUUUGAGGAGUGUCGAGGUGAUGGGAUUGUACAACAGCACUGUUUUUUUUACUGGAUAUCUGUGGUGUGAAUGACCUCUAACGGUGCAGGGAAUUAGUAAUUUCUAACACUUUGUUGUCUGCACAGUCAAAUCCUCUUACAGGCUGUGGUAGCCUUCCAUUGGCUUGUUGAUGAACUUCACAGUAUUGUUAUAAAAAUAGACUACAUUACCUUAGUGUCUUAAUUUAUUUAUUUACAUGAAUAUGUGAUUAUUGAAUGGCCUACUAGAUUUUUUACCAAAGAGCUGAAUAGUUAUUAUUUAUUCCAAAAAAAGGAUUUUUCCUUUGGUGAAAUCAUUGGUGCUCCAACUACAGGGGGGAGUUUUCUUUUUCUUUUUUUUUUUGUAUUUGUAGCACAAGCUGCUUGAUGUCAUGAGCUGGCCAUCUGUUGUGGGAACCUACUUAAACCUGCAAGCAGAUUAACCAGUGAAAGAAAGGUCCAUCAGCCUGGACUCAGUUUCUGUGCCUGGACUCAGUUGAGCUUCCUUGGAGGAGGAGGGAUGCUGAGGGCCACGGUGGGCUCAGUGGAGCAGAGAGAUGAGGAGCAGGAGGAUGAAGGUGAAGAAGAGUUGAGGGAUGGAGGGGUGCCUUUCUAUGUGAACAGAGGAGGCCUACCGGUGGAUGAAGAGACUUGGGAGAGGAUGUGGCGCCAUGUGGCUCGAAUACACCCCAACGGUGAAGCCCUGGGGAAGGAGAUCCGGGGACACACUGACCUGCCCAAGAUUCCAGUACCGAGUGUGCCUACAUACCAGCCUACCACCACUAUCCCACAGCGCCUGGAAGCCAUACAGAAAUACAUCAGGGAAUUGCAGUACAAUCACACGGGAACACAAUUUUUUGAAAUCAAGAAGAGCCGGCCUCUUACUGCGUUGAUGGACAUUGCUAAGGAGAUGACGCGGGAGGCUCUGCCAAUCAAAUGCCUGGAGGCGGUGAUCCUGGGGAUUUACCUCACCAACAACAUGCACGGCGUGGAGCGCUUCCCCCUCAGCUUUCAGUCUCAGUUCUCAGGGAACAACUUCCACCACAUCGUGCUGGGAGUUCACAGCGGGGGACGCUUCGGGGCGCUGGGCACCAGCCGCAGAGAGGACCUCAUGUUCAAACCCCUGGAGUUCCGGACUCUGAUGGACUUGGUGCAAGAGUUCGAAGGAGCCUACAGGGGCUACUGGCACACCCUGCGCAAGGUCAGGAUCGGCCAGUAUGUGUCCCACGACGCUCACAGCGUGGAGCAGAUCGAGUGGAAGCAUUCGAUACUGGACGUAGACAAGCUGACCAAGGAGGAGCUGCGGAAGGAGCUGGAGAGACACACUCGAGACAUGAGGCUGAAGAUAGGGAAGCCUGCACCACCCUCUCCCACCAAAGACAGGAGAAACAGCAUGGGUUCACCCCUCAGAGGACCGGGCAGCCCCAUACGCAGGAUCAGCCGCAUUGAGAGACGUCCCUCUGGAGAUAAGAAGGUUUUGGAGCAAAAAUCGGCCACAGACAUGAACGGAUACCAGAUUCGAGUCUGAAGAAGAGUUUUAACUUGCUUGUAAAGUUACAAGGUACCACACACUUAUUGUUUCACGGGACCACUGAUGUACUCUUUGUACCCACUGUCCUAUUCACGGGAUGCAAUGUCGAAUAGGUCACCAGCAACUUUUCCCUCUCAAACAAAUGCAGCAUUCAGCUUCUCUACGUCUUCGUUGUUAGAGGCUUUUUCUGGAGCGGUUACUGUGCAGAGUAAUUGGUGCUGACAACGUUCCCGAAUUAUAAAAAAUGGGACAAAAGUACAGCACUUUGUAAACAUUUUUAAAUAACUGUUUGCGAACUCAACACAACAAGGAAUAUGGCUCUUCCCUGACUCUGGGCGAGACCACCACUCAGUGUGCUGCUGGACAUAUCAUACAUUUCUGUGGUGUUCUUAUGUUCAACAAAAGCUCUUAAGGCUCGUCUGCAAUCUGUAUCAUCGUACUGUAAGUGUGCAAAUACAUGUAAUGUGAUUUUAAAUUCACUUAGCCUCUGCUGGGCAGCAAUUGCUUGUGUAGUGACGACUAGUUUGCAAAACCACUACCCUUGUGCCUUGUAUGAAAACUCAAAGAGAAGGAAAAGACUUUUUAUAUCCACCCCAUUAUUCUCAUUGUCUAACUUAACACAACGCAGUGUGAUAAUCUCUGCUCUUCCAAAUUACUUUAGGUGAAUGAAGUAAAAUGUGUGAGACAUCUAAUAUCCAGAAUGCUACCAUGUUUAGUAUGCUAUUAAUCUAAUCAAGACUGAAUAUGGGAUUGAAUACACAAUAUGUAAGGGAUAAUGUACAUCGAGCCGGUCAUUGUUGUGAAAUAAACACUGACGGAAGGGGUUUAUUUCACAAUAAUGACCGGCUCGCUGUACAUUAUCCUGCUUAUUACACAGCUACUUACUUGA